AUGGCGAGGGGCGGUGGAGGAGGAGGAGGAGAAAAGAAAGAAGAGGUGGUGGUGGUGGCAAUAGACAAGGACAAAAGCAGCCAAUAUGCUCUCAAAUGGACGGUCGAUCAUCUCAUCACCAGAGGCCAAACCGUCGUAUUGCUUCAUAUUAAAAACAGAGCUUCUUCCGUUCCAAAUCCAUUUGGGAACUUUGUUUCUGUGAAUGAAGUGAGUGAGGACGUUGCAAGAACCUACAAACAACAGCUCGAGAAUCAGGCCAAGGACUUGUUCCUUCCCUUCCGUUGCUUUUGCACUAGAAAGGAUAUAAAAUGCGACGAAGUGAUACUAGAGGAUUUGGAUAUAUCCAAGGCAAUAAUCAACUAUGUUUCUGCUAACUCAAUUGAGACUUUGGUACUAGGUGCAGCAUCAAGAAACAGCCUUGUCAAGAGGUUCAAAACUACAGAUGUUCCAAGCAGCGUGUCUCGAGGGGCACCGGAGUUCUGUACCGUGUAUGUCAUUGCCAAAGGCAAGAUCUCUUCCGUCCGUUCUGCUUCCUCUCCCGCCCCCACAAGAUCUAAUUCAUCGCGUUACAAUAGUCACUCUAGUCAUCCACCUAGAGAUCAGAGACAAUUAAACCAUACCCCUCACCAGCAGCAUGAUGAAAUGGAUUUUAGGUCACCCUUCGCAAGAGGCAAAGGUUUGACAAACAAGUCAUAUGAGCUCUCCCCAGAGACAGACAUAUCCUACGUGAGCCAUGGAAGGCCAAGUCUCUACGACAGUAUAGACUUCCAAGGGAUGAGCCCCAGUUUUUCAACCAGCUCUGACUUUGACGCUCCCAGGAGUAGUUUUACAUCAUCUUCACCUUUCUCAGGAAACAAGUCCAUUGACAUUACCUCUUCACACUAUGACUUCACUGAUUACUCCAACGACAGUACCAAUUCCAGCUCCUCACAAAAUAAUGUGGAUGACGUGGAUGCUGAGAUGAAAAGGCUGAGGCUAGAGCUGAAGCAAACAAUGGACAUGUACAGUUCAGCCUGCAAGGAGGCUCUCACAGCAAAGAAGACGGCAAUCGAACUUCACCGGUGGAAAUUGGAAGAAGAGCAGAGACUGGAAGAGGCACAACUAGCCGAGGAAGCAGCAUUGGCACUUGCAGAGAAGGAAAAGGCAAAGUGCAAGGUGGCCAUUGAGGCAGCCGAAGCGGCUCAAAGGAUAGCCGAAUUGGAGGCGCAGAAAAGAGUUCAGGCGGAAAUGAAAGCGCAAAAGGAAGCUGAGGAGAGGAAGAAGGCACUAGGGAGUUUGAGCCACGAGAUCCGGUACAGAAAGUACACGAUCGAGGAGAUUGAAAUGGCGACGGAGGAUUUCUCCGAGUCACGUAAGAUUGGGGAAGGAGGUUAUGGACCAGUGUACAGGUGUGAAUUAGGCCACACCCCUGUUGCAAUAAAAGUACUCCGCCCUGAUGCAGCUCAAGGACGGUCCCAGUUUCAGCAAGAGGUUGAAGUACUCAGCUGCAUACGCCAUCCCAACAUGGUUCUGCUUCUCGGAGCCUGCCCCGAGUUCGGUUGCCUUGUCUACGAGUACAUGGCUCACGGCAGCCUAGAGGACCGCCUUUUCCGACGGGGAAACACCCCGGUUCUACCGUGGCAGUUGAGGUUUAGAAUCUCAGCGGAGAUUGGAACAGGACUCCUUUUCCUCCACCAGACCAAGCCAGAGCCGCUUGUUCACCGCGACCUUAAACCGGCAAACAUUCUGCUAGACCGCAACUAUGUUAGCAAGAUCAGUGAUGUAGGUUUGGCAAGACUUGUUCCUCCGUCUGUAGCGGACGCCGUGACGCAGUACCGGAUGACAGCAACAGCAGGGACAUUCUGCUACAUAGACCCUGAGUAUCAGCAAACAGGCAUGUUGGGGAUCAAAUCCGACAUCUACUCACUCGGGGUCUUGCUUCUGCAACUGAUAACGGCCAAGCCUCCAAUGGGGUUGACUCAUCACAUGGAAAGAGCCAUAGACAAAGGCGGUUUCACCGAGAUGCUUGACCCGGCUGUUACCGACUGGCCUCUCGAGGAGACAUUCAAAUUCACCAAACUCGCUCUCCAGUGCGCGGAGAUGAGGCGAAAGGAUAGACCGGAUCUUGGAAAAGUGGUCCUGCCUGAGCUUAACAGGUUAAGAGAGAUCGCCGACUCCAACGAUUAUAACAACAUGCCAUUGUCCCUUGUUUCAAGAUCCUCCUCCAAAGGGGCCUCCGCUUCCUCUUCUUCGUCGCAAGACGUCCUCAGCGAUGUUCAACUUCGACAAUCUGGAUACGAGAGCACAUCAUCCUCUUCGGAGAAAGCGUGA